AUGGGUCGGCAGAAGAUCGAGAUCAAGAGGAUCGAGAACGAGGAGGCCCGGCAGGUCUGUUUCUCCAAGCGGCGAUCCGGCCUCUUCAAGAAGGCCAGCGAGCUCUCCAUCCUCUGUGGUGCCGAGAUCGGGGUCGUCGUUUUCUCCCCCGCCGGCAAGGUCUUCUCCUUCGGGCACCCGUCUGUCGAGAGCGUCGUCGACCGUUUUCUCGGCGAGCCCCGGCCGGGAGGAGCCGUCGUCCCUGCCGGUGCGCCUCCCUACCCCGCCUUCAAGGACCUGAACCGCCAGCACACGGAGCUGUCUAACAGGCUGGAGGUCGAGAAGAAGAAGAGGGAGGAAGCAGAGAAGACCCUGAAGGCCGCGGGCGAGCACUACUGGAGGGACCUGGACACGGACGGCCUCGGUCUGGAGGAGCUGGAGAGGUUCAGACUCUCCGUCGAGCUGCUCAAGUGUAACCUCGCACAGAGGGCCGAGAAGCUCCUGCUCGAGGCCGCCACCCCAGCAUCGGGGUCAGCGCCGACGCCCGGGAGUCUCGCCAGGUUCGCCAGCCGGAACCCAUUCCUGGUGAAGGAGGAGGGCAGCGGGAUCGUCUUCUGCCGCGGCGGCUUCGGGUUUCCCCAUGGACUCCACUGA